ACAAAAAACACCCUAGUUUUUUGGCGCACUUUGAAGCCGUCGAGGAAAAUUUGGGAGCUUUCUGGAAAAUCUUCCCGUUUUUGCACGUUUAAAAAGUAUUCCUCUGACAAAAUUCACUAGAAAUGUCCAGGAAGCUCAGAUCCCGAAAUUCAACAACUAAAUUCAAAGUGACUUCUCCUGAGAAUAUUUUGCAAAAUAUCGGAAAAUUCUGCCAAUUUUGCCUGAAUUUAGAAAGUGAGCUCGUAGAGGUGGGUUCUGCAAUUAUGGGAAACAAUACCUAUGGGGAUUUAUUUAAAUAUUUAGUAGGAGAUAGUAAAAAUGUUAAUUUGGAGGUUUCUGGAGGGAUUUGUGAGGAUUGUGCUAAGAAUCUUGUGUCAGCUUACAAUUUUAAGCAAAAGUGCCUUGAAAAUCUUGAGCUUAUCAAUCAGAAACUUACCUCAAUUUUAACGGAAGUUAAAGACGAAGCUGGAGAAAUGCCUGAAAGUGAGUAUGACAAAAACUUUUCAGGAGCACAAAAAGAAUUCAUUUGUGGUGAAUGUGGGAAGAUCCUCUCGAGUAAAAGUGGUCUGAAAUCCCAUUUAUUUCGGCACAAACAUGGGAAUCAAUACAAAUGUCCAGUAUGCGAAGAUAUCUUCAGGAAUUUCAACGCCCGGAAACGUCAUGUAAAUCUGGUGCACUUUAACCGAAAGAUCUAUCAGUGUUUGUUCUGUGAGGAGUCUUUUCAAUACAACAACACUCAUCGGGAGCACAUUCGCAAGGUGCAUGAGAGAGAACAGGACGUGGAAUGCCCAAAAUGUCCUAAGAAGUUUUACUCAGAAGGAGAACUUCUGAGACAUCGGGCUAUUCAUGAUUUUGUACCGAGAUGCAAGCAAUGUGGGAAGACUUACAAGGAUAUCCGGAUACUGAAGAAGCACAUGAAGAUAUUUCACAAUAUUUCAAAUUAUCAGCCACCAGAGUUGUCUAUCAAACCGGAUGAAGUGCUCCCGGAAGACUGCAUGGUGACCAGGAGGAUUUUCUCAUGCGAAAAAUGCCAGAAAGUUUUCAAAGGUCCAAUUAAUCUCGAAAAACAUCUCAAGACAGUUCACCGGGAAUGGCUUUGCACAGAAUGUGGAAAGGUGAUCAAGGGAACUUCCUAUUCUGUCCAUAUGAAUACUCACACUGAGAAUCCACAAAUCUGCCCUGAUUGUGGCAAGGCUCAAAGUUCAGCUGCAGCUCUGAAGAGGCACCAAAAGAGAGUGCAUGGCCCUAAAGUGGCCAAAAGCUAUGACUGCCCUCAAUGUAAUCUUAAGUUUGUCUCUCCGCACACGAGAAGGUACCAUGUGGCUAAGAUCCACACGAAAAAACCUCUCUACGUCUGUCACUGUGGUCAGGAGUUUCUGUACCAUCAUGUUUACAAGAGGCACGAAAGAAGGGAUCAUACUGGAGACUUUCCGUAUAAUUGCGAUAUCUGCCCCAAAAAAUUCCUGACCUUGGCCGAAUGCAGGAGACAUCGUCAGAGUCACUCCAACGAACGCAGUUUCAAAUGUCGAAUCUGUGAGAAGGACUUCAAGACAGAUGUUGCUCUGUACAUUCACAUGAAGAGUCACCGGACGGUUGAGAGAUAAA